CCUUCCCGUCCCGCGGGGGCCCCCACCGGACGCCAGCCCUCAUUUCCCGCUACCCAACUCUGAAUCUCCUCCACCAACCCCCUUCCUUCACGCAUCUCCGGGCCUCUCCGACCAACCCCACCUCCUCCGGCCACGCAGACGUCGUCCCGGAAGUACCCGGGAGGAUGGAGCCGGCGGAACCCAAAGCCAGCGAAUCGGAAGAUGGCUCCAGUGAAGGGGAAGGCCGGUCGGAGGAGUCGGAAGAGGAGAGUGACGGAGCGGGCAACGGGAACUCCCCAGGGUCCUCGCCUCGGCAGGGCGCCUCAGAGACCGGCGGGGAAGCGUGUGGGAGUGGGGAGUCGUCGUUGUCCUCCGCCUCCCAGAACCCCCUGAAAAAAGCCAGACCUCCGGAGGACUCGGAUGUCGGGAGCAGGAAGAAGAGGCAGAAACCUAGGCUCCUGGCCAUCAAUCUGACCAACUGCAGAUAUGAGAGCGUGCGCCGGGCGGCCCGGCUGUGCGGCCUGCAGGAGGUCGGGGAGGAAGAGGAGUGGACGGUGUACUGGACCGACUGCUCUGUCUCGCUGGAGCGGGUCAUGUACAUGAAGAGGUUUCAGAAAAUCAACCACUUCCCAGGCAUGUCGGAGAUCUGCCGCAAAGACCUGCUGGCCCGGAACCUGAACCGCAUGUACAAGCUGUACCCGGCCGAGUACAACAUCUUCCCCCGCACCUGGUGCCUGCCCGCCGAUUACGGGGACUUCCAGGCCCACGGCCGCCAGAGGAAAACGCGCACCUACAUCUGCAAGCCAGACAGCGGCUGCAGGGGCCGAGGCAUCUUCCUCACCCGCAACCCCCGGGAGAUCAAGCCCGGAGAGCACAUGAUCUGCCAGCAGUACAUCUCCAAGCCCUUCCUCGUCGACGGCUUCAAGUUCGACCUGCGCAUCUACGUGCUGAUCACGUCCUGCGACCCGCUGCGGAUCUUUGUGUACGAGGAGGGCCUGGCCCGCUUCGCCACCCUGCCCUACGUGGAGCCCAGCGUCGGCAACCUGGACGAUGUCUGCAUGCACCUGACCAACUAUGCCAUCAACAAGAACAACGAGAACUUCGUCCGAGACGGCACGACGGGCAGCAAGAGGAAGCUGUCCACCCUGAAAGCCUGGCUGAAGGAGCACAGCUUCGACUGGUCCAAGCUGUGGGAGGACAUCAAGGACGUCAUCAUCAAGACCGUCAUCUCCGCCCACUCGGUCCUGCGCCACAACUACCGCUCCUGCUUCCCCCAGCACCUGGGCGGCGGCACCUGCGCCUGCUUUGAGAUCCUCGGCUUCGACAUCCUCCUCGACCAGAGGUUGAAGCCCUGGCUGCUGGAGGUGAACCACUCGCCCAGCUUCACCACAGACUCGCGCCUGGACCGGGAGGUGAAGGACGCCCUGCUCUGUGAUGCCAUGACCCUCGUCAACCUGCAGAGCUGCAACAAGAAGAAAGUGCUGGAAGAAGACAAGAGGAGGGUCAAGGAGCGCCUCAUGCAGGGCCACCAGCCGCCCCGAGAAGCCAGGCGGGAGCAGAUGGAGCUUUCCAAUGCCAUCUGGCUGGACCAGGAGAUCAAGUACGAGGACGCUCACCUGGGCGGCUACCGGCGCAUUUACCCUGGGCCCAACACCGACAAGUACACGCCCUUCUUCAAAUACAACGGUUCCCUCUUCCAGGAGACAGCGGCUUCCAAAGCCAGGGAGGAGUGCGCCAGGCAGCAGCUGGAGGAGAUCCGCUUAAAGCAGGAGCAGCGAGAAGUAUCUGACAAGAAAAAGAAGGACAAGGAGGCCGGCCAGGGCGAGCUGACCCAGGAAAAAGCCAGGCCCUGGGCCGGGGCUAAGGGUUCUCUCGUUCGCAUGACCUACGUUGGUGCCCGGGCCCAGGACAAACAGCAGUUCCCAUCCCAGCCUCCGCCGCUGAACACCAUGAAGCCCCAGGACAUCGUGGAGGAGGAGGAGCUGGAGCGGUUGAAGGCCCUCCUGCAGAGGGAGAAUCUCAUCCGGAGCCUGGGCAUCGCGGACCAGCUCUCCCGCCUGCUGGGCCCCAAGUACCAGCCUCAGGCCCGUUUCCCCGAGAGGCAGCCCAGACUGGCGCAGGACGUGUUGGGCUGGCGGGAGCCGCCCGCGGCCGUGAACCUGGCGCCCCUGACCAUCCUGAGGACGCGGUCCAUUGAGCUGGGGCCCGAGCUCAGCCUGCCCACCCACUCUCGCCACUUUGGGCCCGGCAUCCUGGGGCCGCUAGCCGGGAUGCGGGUGACCGUCCCCCACUCCUCCAGCUGCCACCUGAACCCCAAGAGCCUCUCCUGGGUCAGGGGCACCUCGAUGGUCAACCCCCCGUGCCAGCUGACCAUGAAGAAGGCAGGGGGGCAUCAGUUCGCCAGCGCCAGGGGCAGGCUGGAAAACCCCGCCGAGAGCCAGUCCGGCACCAGGUUGGAAGCCGAGAGUCGGAGCCUGGCGGGGCUGGUGCCCGCGUCCCUGGCCCCUGGGCGAAGCUACCUGCAGCCUGCCAGGGAGGCGAGCGCCCCGUGGGCCGCCUUCCCCACGGGGACGGACCUGCCGGGCGGGCCCCCGGCCCAGGACUGGCCGCCCGGCCCUGCCUCCGCCCUGCUCAGCCUCUUUGACGUCAGCCACCCCAGCACCCUGAAGCGGCAGCGGAAGGCGAUGCAGCUCCAGAGGCUCCGGAGGCAGAUGGAGGGACCCGGCGGGCCUCCGAGGACCCUGAGCAGGGAGGCCAUGGAGCAGAUCCGGCACCUGCUCCGGGAGUUCCCCGAGGACUGGUCAGUGCCCAGGUUGGCCCAAGGCUUCGGCGUCAGCCCUGACGUGAUCAAGAGGGUCUUGAGAAGCACGUUCGUCCCCACGGCCGCCCAGAGCCAGAGGCAGGACCAGAAGGCGCUCGGCAGAGCCGGGAAGGGUGGGCGCCUCCAGCCCUGGGCCGCCCUUCCCGACGCCCCGGCCCGCCCGGUCCUGGCCCCGUUGCUGGCAUCGGGGAGGGAGACCGGGCUCCGCGGAGACGCCGCUACGAGGCAGGAGGCCGAGCCGGCGGGCGGCCCGGCUUGCCGGGUGCUGGAGAAGCGUCCUCACGUUGGGCGAGCCGCCCGGGACGACAAGAGUGGGGCGGGUCAGAGACCGGCCGGGGCGGUCCGGGAGCCCCGGCAGAAGCAGCGGGCCUCGGGCCACGAGGGACCCUCGCCCAUCUCAGAGGAGCAGAGCGAGGACCGGCAGCGCAACGCGAGGGCCGAAGACUUCAGCAGUGAAGUGGUUCAGAGUGGGAGGGAGUUCUUCGACAGCAACGGGAAUUUCCUCUACAGGAUCUGAGCGGGCCGGGGGAGCCGGAGCCGAGCCGAGCCGCUUUGGGACAGGGAGUCGGUCGGCCCUUGGGAUCGCCAGGCCUCCGGCCCGGAGGAUUGAGGCAAGAGAGAGAGAUGCGUGGGUCACCAAGCUGUGGUUUGUCAGGACGAUUUAUUUACUUGCAAAAUAAAAUAAAAAACGCUGUGGGAAGCAGCGGCCUGCCA